UUUAUGUACAAAACUUGCCACAAUUUCCAGCGCUGAUGUCAGUCGGCAAACGGCGAUCGUACCGAGUAGAAGGAGUGCAUUACUACCGAAGAGAAGAACGCGUCUUGUGCCCGGAUUCCUGGCCGCACCGAGAAAACAUUCAACGUCGGGUGUAGUAUAGCAAUCGGUGAGGUAGCGACCACCCGUGCCACCAUGUGGCGAUUCCAGCUAACGGUUGCGCUGCUGACCUUGUGUUUCAUAUGGACCAACGUCGCAGCUAAUGACGAUUUGUCGGAAGAAAAUGUCAGCGAGGAUUUCGACGAGGACGACGAGAAACUACUGCGAAAACUAGAAGCACAGCACGUACAGCGUGAGAUCGAUAAGCAAUACCGAAUGGCACUGGAGCAUUACAAUUUCCCGGAGGAUAUCGAGAAUGCUCCUCGCCUGGUGGAUCCGUGCAAGGGUGUCCGCUGCGGGGCCGGUCGAAUUUGCCAAGCGGAAGGUAUCGAAGCGAAGUGCAUCUGCAUUCCCGAGUGUCCAGAGGAAGAGGACAGCCGGCGAAAAGUGUGCACCAAUUUCAACGAAACCUGGGACUCGGCGUGCGAAGUUCACCGGCAGCGAUGCCUGUGUAAUGCGAACGACGACCGCUGCCGAGGAGAGGAAGUCAAGCACGUGCAUAUCAACUACUACGGACGUUGCAGGGAUAUGCCGGAAUGCUCGGAGAACGAUCUGGCCGAUUUUCCACGCCGAAUGCGAGAUUGGUUGUUCAACGUGAUGCGUGACCUAGCGGCACGAAACGAACUGCCCGAGCCAUACAUGGAGCUGGAACACGAGGCGGAAAGCAACAUAACCAAACGCUGGACUAAUGCCGCCAUCUGGAAGUGGUGCGACUUGGACAGUCAUCCGAACGACAACUCGGUUUCCCGGCACGAACUGUUCCCCAUAAAGGCUCCGCUGAUGGCUCUGGAACAUUGUAUUGCGCCCUUCCUGGAGAGCUGCGAUCCUAACGGCGAUCACAUCAUUACGCUUCAGGAAUGGGGUAACUGCCUGGAGCUGGAAGAGGAUGACCUCACUGCACGAUGCGCAGAGAUUAGAACGGAGAACGAGUACGAGAAACUCGAGCUUGAAUUGGCCGAGAAUUAGAUUACUAGGUGACAUAUUAUAAAAAUUAUUAAAAAAAAGUCCGAACGUAAUUUGCUAACAGUGCUCUCUUUUAGCCAAAGUAACGAAUGGGGGCUUUCCCCUAGGUUUAUAAGGUACUGUCUAAAGUGCUUAUCAUAUGAAGAGAUUAAGUGUACAACUGGAUGUAAUAAAGUAAUUAAUAA